AUUAAUGAGCGUCACAGCCAGUGACUACUGAGAUGUUCAACAAAAAGCCUCGGAGGAACUUUCGGCAGAGAAAAGGCGAGUCCAGUGACGAAGAGGAUGGACAGCAGAAGAGCGAAGAUAGAGAAGAUAACGGUAAAACGCCAGCUGUGAUAAAUAAACCGUCCAAAGUGCUCCAUGGCCGCGGUAUCUCCUGUAGCUCGAAGCGAGAAGCUGCUGCUCCGAAGCCCGACAGCAGUGUGGAGACAGCGGGGAGUACAAAAUGCUCAGACGGAGGGAAAAACAGCACAAUCCUCAGUUUUUCUGAUGACAAAGAAGCUGAGGAACUGGAGUUUAAAUUGAAGAAGUCAUCUCAAAAAGCUGUACUGUUCCAAGUGAAGAAGAAAGCGGUUCCACCUGACAACGACCCACAUAAUGAUGGUGCCCUAACAUCUGAUUGUCGAAAGCAAGAUUAUGGGAGCCAGGCUUCUCCAGAUUCUGUCCACCCUGAUGAUGAUGAUGAUGAUGAUGAUUCCAGAUCUCUGUCAGCUAGUUCCACCUCCAGCUUCUCAACAACUGAACAAGUUCCUAUCGCCAAUGCUAAAGCCAUUGCGGCAGCAAAGAGCCAGCGCUGUGCCGCUCGAACACAGAAAGAGUUUAUUCCACUUGGUAAAGAUGGCUACAGUUCCUCUGGUAGCACGCCAGAUCACCGCAGCAGAGAUGACGAGGAGGUCUCAGCUGAUGAUGAUUAUGAACCUGAUGAUCACGAGAGACGAAUUGAGUUUGCACCAAAAUUAAAAAGCAUCAGGGAAAAGAUUGCAGAGCAUCUAGGUAGUGAUAACAGUAUGUCAGGGACUGAUGGGGAGGAGCAGGAACUGUGGGAGGAGAUACAAAUUGAGAAGGGAAUCAAAAGACGUUCAGGAGAACAGAGUCCAUCUGGUAGUGAAUCCAGCAGCAGUAGCAGGCGAGGCCAACAAAGGCAAAAGAAAUGGCCACCAGGGGUCUUCAUCCCAGACAAUGUUCCUCUGGUCACUGUCUCAAUGGUGAAGAGGAGGAUCACUGGAAAACUAGACUCUAUGAAGGAGGUGCAUAGAUCACACCAGGCAGAGUUGAGGAGGAUGGAGGGAGAUGCUGAGAAUGCAAGAAGCUCUGUGGAAAUCCUGGAAGAAAAAUCAUCAGAGAAGCAGCUGAGGUUUUACAGAGCCAUGAUCCUUUAUGUCCACCACCUGGUGGAUUGUCUCCAGGAGAAGGUUGUUCAAAUCAACUCUUUGGAACUGGAGUUGCAUACUUUGCUGUCUGACCAGAUGGAGUCUCUGCUGGCACAGAGGCAACAGAAGAUUAAGGAGCAGGCUGAUUACCUGCAGCAUCUCAGCUAUAACAUGGAGGAGAACGGGAGCUCAGCUAAUGGAACACAGACCAAUGAUGAGAAGUGUGAAGUUAAAGUUCAGGGUGAUAUCGAUGAUAUGCCUGAGGACACACAACCGUCAGCUGAAGAAGAAGAGCAGCUGCAUAAAAAGAUGGCUGAUAUCCUAUUGAAGUCCCAGGUGGUCUUCUCUGAUGUCCAGGAUGAGUUUUCUAUCAUUAAAAACAUACUGUCCCACUUUGAAGAAUGGAGAGCGUCCUACUCUGACACCUACCACAGUGCCUACAUCUCUCUGUGUCUCCCAAAGUUGCUGAACCCCAUUAUUAGGCUUCAGCUACUGGCUUGGAACCCUCUAAAGGAUGCAGGUGGGGAUUUUGAAGACCUCCCAUGGUUCUCAGAAGUGGAGACCUUUUGUCAUGGACACGGCUAUGAGGAGCUUGAGCGCACAGACAGACAAAUCCUGUCUAAUGUCAUAGAAAAGACAGUCCUACCAAAAAUAACUGCCUUUGUAGACCUGGUAUGGGAUCCCAUGUCUCUCCGUCAGACAGUCUGUCUGUCUGAAGUUUGUCAUAGACUAAAGGAGGACUAUUCCAUCUUUGAAGGAGAGCAGAGUAAACCAGUCAAGGACCUCAUAGAGGCUGUGAGUGCCCGUUUGAAGAACUGUGUAGAUGAAGACAUCUUCAUUCCUCUGUACCCCAAGAAGUUUCUAGAAGAUGAGGCGUCUCCUCAGUGUCGCUUCAGAAACCAACAGUUCUGGAUGGCCGUAAAGCUGCUGGGUAACAUGGGAAAAUGGGACUUGCUGCUUCCGGAGUCUGUAUUAAAGGAACUGAUGUUGGACAAAUUGCUGAACAGAUAUCUGGUGUUCACCCUAUCCAGUCACACAUUGACCAGUGCCAUGCAUGGCUACAACAAGAUAGCAAAUAGUCUGCCACGCUCAUGGUUCAGAGGCGCCGAUUCCUGUUUGCCUCAGCUUCAGUCUUUUAGGAACUACCUUGUUGAGAAAGUUCAUUCUAUCUGCAAACAACAGCCCCAUGAAGAUCCUAACACCAGGUCUGCAGUGGUUGAAGUGCUGCAGGUGUUGAGUAGAAUCAGGUGCUUUAAUGCGAUCAGUGCACUAGCAGAGAAAUACCAUUAUGAAGAUCUCAUCUACGCUCACCAACUUCUGAACCAAGAGGGACUAUGAUUAAUCAAAUAUAGUCUGACAGAAUGGGACUCUCACAGCAAAUAUGUUGCAAUUCAGAUGUUCAGUUCAGAGUUGGAAUUACCCCCCCCCCCUGCCACAAGAUGAUGCUGGUUUAAAAAAGGAAAUCUCUUUUACAGAUUUACUGAAAGCAAUUCCCCCACAUUAACCUCGACUCUGUGAACUCCAAAUACAUUUUUUUUCCCGAUGGCAAGUUUUGGAGCGUGCAGGUCCUGCACUGUGACACUAGAGGGACAGUGAGAACCAUUUGGACAAAGGUACCAUUGUGUUCUGGAAAUCUAAUACUAGUUAAACCCGACCUUUGGCUAUUAUAGUAUAUCUUUAGUUCAGUUGUGAGGUGAGAAAUGCUGCAGAACAUCCUCAUAAAACAAACAUGGUAACUUCUGCAGCUUUUGCAUCUUAAGUAUGCAUUUGUCACGGUAAAAUGAAUGUGCAGACAUGCCGUUAACAUACAAACAUGGAAGCAAACAGAGAUGUUGCAAGUUUCCCUACUUGCAGGAGGCUUUUCAAUUUCAAUUUAUUUUCCUUUAUAUAGCGCCAAAUCACAACAGAGUUGCCUCAAGGCGCUUCACACAGGCUGUAAACAAAAUGUGUAAAGAUACUACAAAUGACAUUUUUCUGAAUUAUAGUAAAAGCAUUGUAACAGUGCAGUGCGCAGUAAAGCGUUUGUAUUGAAGGGUUGUUUAAAAAAAACAAAAAACCCAUAACUUCAUGUUUACCAUGCCCACAUUUAUUAGUAUUGGUUGUUCAAAAAGUGGUGAUAAUUGAUAUGUAAAAACUUUUCAAAGCUGUGGAGAGCUGCAUCCGUAUUUCGCACACAUGAUUUGACCUCAGCAAUGACCUUCACAAAAAUGUCAAUUGAGCAGUCACAUUUUUUUUUAAGUUAUUUUAAAAUUUCAAUACAUUCAAGCACUAGUACUUGAACAUGAUGCUGUCAGCAUAUUGAGGUUUGUUUAUAUGAAGAUAUAUUUAGAUAUGGAGACAUUUUCUAUGAAUAAAUGUUUUAUUGUUCUUA